UUUCUCUUGGCCAUGGAUGUUGUGAUUGUCCGUAGGUGGUAGACGAUCUCUGACUGUCGAACGCGGAGGUACCACCCGGCGGAUCUCGUGGGCGGGGCCAGAAUGCACACGUGUUCCCUCGCCGUCCGCGUGGCGUUCCCCUUUUCCCAUGUAUCCCCCUAUAGCCCCAUGGUCUUAGGCCUUCAUGGUAGUUGGAGUAUAAAAAAAUAAG